AGUAACAAUACAAGGACACUCAAGCUCUUGAAAAGCCAAUGAUGCGUAACACGAUUAAUUGUGCGGUGUAGUGUGGCGGGACUUCCUGACAGGCCUGGAAUAAAUUAUGAGUCGCGCCCGCGAACUCUGCACGCACCGUGUGUGCGUUGUCGUUGCCUCUGCGAGGCAGUUUCCUCUGAGCGCUCUUGCGGCGCGGAGCAGCACACAAGAGAUGUUCUUGCCGUGGACGUGCGUAUGUCUUUCGUCAUCGCUUUUUUAAUUAUUAUCUUUUGCGAAUACGAUAGCGCGCCUUGAAAUCGCAGGUUCUUCUCUGCUUUAUAUACGUUUUUACGUGUAUGUGCGUGCCAUUUACGGGAGCGCGCAAGGCUCGCUAAUAUUUCGCUUUUGCUGCUGCGAGUGUUUCGAUAUUUAUUUGAAAUUCGUUGAAUAAUAGUUAAUCCUGUGCAAUAGGUUAACCUUGAAUAUUAUACUAUUGUUAAACUGCGUAUUCUCGUUACGUGUGAUAACGUGUAAAUUUACUUCUUUUUUAUUCUCCAUGCGAAAUCUUAGUUGUUUUUUGAAUAUAUGGAGAUUGACUUUUUAAAUCGACGCAAGUCGUUUAAAGAUCAAAGACGGACUUAAGACUGAGUGCGAGAGAGCGAGUGAGAGAAGAGAUACGCGUUUUUUUUUUUACACUGGCGUAUUUACAUUGCGCGCUCCAGUUUUGGUCUUCCCUUUUUGGCGGGCGGCGGGGGUGUGGUGCACAAAAUAGUGACUUGAUGGCGUGAACAGAAAGAAAAAUAAACGAUUCGUAAGAGAAAAGUCAAGGAACGUUUUAUCGCCAGAACUCGAAAAGUGCACGCAUCGAAAUGGAGAUUCUUACGAGAAAUUACGACGUUCUGGAGAAGAGGAUUUUAAACAGCCUCACAGCCAGCCAUCUACGUCAGCGAACUAAAGACUGCACUGGGCUGUGGCUUGGACCAUUAAUUGGCUUGAGUGCAUUGUUUACUUUUUUAAAAGAGGAUAGUAGUUAUUCUGAAAUAUGUUUGCUGAAUGGAAUUGCAGGAGGUGGCUUGUUUAUCAGUUGUAUAUGUUUAUAUACUCGUCUGAUGUCACUUAAUGUCUCAGCAAAAGACUUUCAUGUUGUAUAUUUUUUACCUGCCAUAACUCUAUCAAUGUUAUUUCAUUUUGUUGGAGGCAAAGGUUUGUUGGUGAGUGUAGCAUGGGGUCUUACUGUGGGAAGCUUGAGUACAUGGGGUGUUAUUCAAGUAAUGUCCAGCUUCCCCAGAGCAUUUACUCUAGGUGAAGCCACAGCUGUAACUCAUGGCAUUGUACUUUUUUUACUUUCUACUUUUACAAAUUUACCUUUGAGGUAUCACUUACCUCCAAUUCAUGAUAAUGAUAUUGCUACUGUAAUAUUGCAAGUAGGAAUUUUGUACAUUAUGUUAAUUUGCAUUCUUUGUGCAAAUAUUCCUGCUUUACGUGGACCAACAAAGUUUUACUCAAUGGCAUUAGGAAUACUCAUUAUUUUAGUUAUUCCAACAUUGCAUGUUAUACUUGAUCAGAGUCCAUUACUUUGGAUCAUGCAUUUUGUGUUCAGCUCAUACAGUAGAAUAAUGAUGGUAGUUUAUUGGGCAACGUGUUUAUUCUUUGCUACUAUAGCUAUAAUUAUACAAAUUUCGAGAAAUUCUCAGGCUACUACAUCAGUCAGAAAAAUUUUUCAUAUUUUGUCUGUAAUUGUGUAUGUUCCUGGCUUUAUUUGGGAUCCUACUUUUCUAUAUUUAGCAACUGGUGUCAUUUUAGCAGUUUUUGUAGCUCUUGAGAUAUUAAGAUUUUUGCAUUUACCGCCAUUAGGAGGGUUUCUUCAAGAUGGAUUUUCUAUAUUUGCUGAUGAAAAAGAUGUUUUAAUUUCUCUAACUCCAUUAUAUUUAUUAUGUGGUUUAUCAGCAUUUUUAUGGAUGCCAAUUGAGAGUAUGAGUUUAUUAUCUCUUAUGAGUGGUGUCCUAACCAUUGGUAUUGGUGAUACUGCAGCUAGUAUGGUAGGAAGUACUUGGGGAAAGCACAAAUGGGUGGGCACUGAUAAAUCUAUAGAAGGAACAAUUGCCUGCAUAGUGGCUCAACUUAUUUUUAUUUUUGGACUUAUUCUUUUUGGGUAUAUAGAAAAUAUGUCACUACUAGUCAGAAGUGUAUGCUCAGUAAUUCUGGUAUCAUUUAUAGAAGCUCGUACUGAACAAGUAGACAAUCUGGCAUUGCCAUUCGUUAUGUACCUGUGCCUUAUAAUUUAAAAAAGAAGUUGACGUGAAAAUAUGGAUUAUCAAAACAGUUAUCACGCUCAAGUCUCCAAAAGUACAGAAUAUUAGACCUGGAGUCUAAUACAUUUGAAGGAUCAAAUAUAGAUUUAACUUGUUGUAAAUUAAAUUAUAUAUUUAUUAUAUUGAAAGUAAAACAUCAAUGGAUGUAUAAAUCUUUAUAUAUUUUUUUGUUGAAAGGAUAUAUAAUAUUGCAAACUAAAUUAAAAUUUGAAAAUUGACUAAGACGUUUGAGCAUUCUGUCAAUACAAAUAAGUAAUGUCUUAAUUACAAAUAAGUAAUUGCUUAAUAAAAUGCAUUGUUUUUUAUAAUUUCUCGAUAUAAAAUAGUAAAAUAUUAUUAAGGAAAUGAAAAAUUAUUAUCGUCCGAGAUUACUUUUUCAGUUUCCUCAAAUGAUCUUGCUUUACUAAUAUUCAAAUUUUAAUGACGGUAUACUUAAUUGAUAAGUUAUUGAAUUGGUUAAUUUGUUUUUGUUAUAAAUUUAUAUCUGUGAAUUAUUGAUUUUAGAACGAUUAGAACGACAAAUUUUAUAUAAUACUUAUAUAACGCGUAUGUUUAUAUGCCAAACAACGAAUAAUUUAAGUGAUGUUAUAACGAUUGUGCCUAAGAACAUUUUUUUACAAAAAAACAAUGAUAAAUUAUAGCAUUCCUACUAAUGCAAUUCUCAAUCAAACGCAGUUUAAUUAUACUAUCAUAAUUGAAGUUUCCUAUAAAUAAACGCAAACUCUCAUGUAUAGAGAUGUAAUCGUUUCUGCAGUAGAAUAUUUUUUCGUAUGUGCAAAGCAAGUCGAGAUGUAAAUGCCUAUUAAGUUUUCCUGAAAGAAAGUGAUCACAUAAUGUCACAAGAAUUUUGUCUAAUCAAGUAUAAUUUUUGGUGUUAUAUAUGUGUGUGUAUGUGCGUACGCGCUCGCACGUGCGCGUGUGUGUAUGAUAUCUAAUAAUUAUAUAGAUAUAUUAUAGUUAUUAUGAUCAAAUUAAAGUGAUCAUAAAAUAGAUAUUAUUUUUUACUUGAGAACGAAACAAAUAUGUAAUGUAAUAUUAUAUUGCGCCUCGCUAUUUUUAUAAAACAUGCUUAGUAAAGCAUUUACCAUCGAUGAAAGAAAGUGUAAGUAAAUUAUUUUAUUGUAUUAAUGAUUUCAUAAGAACUGUGAAUAAAUAUAUAGUAAGCCGAUAAAUCAUAACAUUUCAAAUAACAUGGAAAUGGGUGAAGGUUUAUGCAAAAAAGUUUGAGUAAGUAUUAAAAAUAUUUAAGAAUUAAAAAAUGCUUAAAAUAAAAUUUCAUACCACUAAUCAAAUUAAUGUAUGCAUUAAAGUUGUAUUUCUUUUUCAACUUUUAUAUGUGUGAUUUCGCGCAAUGUUAGUAAAAAAUAGAUUCAGUUUUUACAAAGCUAAAAUGUGAAUGAAAAGUUUGUGAUAUAAAGUUAGACUGUAAAGAAAUGUCAAUUUAUUAUACCUUAACAGUCGUUUAUGUUCUAUAUUUAAAAUCUACGUAACUAUCGUGAAAGACUAACAAUUUUUAUUUUUAAAAAUUUUAAUUUACCGCAUAGUUUUCAAAUUUGUUUGCGCAGAAGAAUAUUGGAUCCAAAUAUCAAGACAAGUAAUUGUUCGAAUCUAUGCGUAUCGUGGCGAAAAGCAAUAACCAUGUAUUUUGUUCUUCUGUAAUAGAUAAAAAGAGCAAUGAUAAAUAUUAAAUGAAAGUAAAAAUAAAUGUGCAUGUUGGAUAAGCUACGGAAUAAAAAAUUUUUCAGAUUUAUGCAUAUGAUUAUAAAUAAUGUAAAAAAUAAAUAUUAUCGAUGUAAAUUUUUAUGAAUAGUUAAGGUACAGGAUAAAAAUCUCUUUGUUUUGAUCAAUAUUUCUAUGGUUCUAGAUAUCGAUACUCGUUGUCAGUUCUUUUUUAUUAUGGGUCGAUCUCCUGUCUUAAUCACUUGUACUUGUCGAAAUGCUGUCCUUUUAUCAUCGAAAUUUUAUGCAACUUUAGAACUCUGUAGUUACCAUAAAAGUGCAUUAACUGAUUUGUCCUAAAGCUGCACACUAUCGAUUAUUACAUUUGUCAUUUUCUUUUAAAAUCUGCUGUUGCAGUUGCAUAGCAUGUAAAUAAAUAACAUCAUGAUAAUCGUGAUUUUAAUUCUUACUGAUUACCUUAUACAUAUUAUUUUCAAUUCUUUUAAACUACUACGUUAUCAAAACUUGAAGUCAACCGUACCAAAUUUUAUACAGCAGCAUUCAUGAUUCAUAAUUUCUUAAGUUAUUAUUUUCAACUAUUCUAUAGUUUAGGCCUUAAGAAAUGUUGAAUUCCGCAAAAAGCGAUGCACAUAGUUGAAAAUCGAAGACAACGAAAGACAUGCAUACCGUCUUUGCCCUUCCUACUCUUGUUUUUUCAUGUACAUGUUCGUAGCUACUCCCAUAAGGAUAUUAAGGGUUUACUAAAUUGUCUACGGUUGUAGAUUUUUAUUGUUUUUUCCUUUUCCACCAAAGAAGCCCCGAAAGAUGCAGAGCCGUUUACAAGCGACGCGCGUUCAGUUCGCAAGUAGCCGACACGACAGAUAGUCGCACUCCAAAUUUACAUCUUAAGUUAUAAUCAUUGUUUUACACACAAAGUGUUUUAUAUAGUAUUUCAAUUAACUAAAGAUAUUCAAGUUUAUAUUCGCGUACUACGGUACGUGC